AUGGCCGCAUCAUCAAGAUCAGCAACUGUAGCCGAAUUACGUCGAAUGUUUUCCAACCUAGAUUCAACCGUAAUUGAAAGUGUUUUAGCAGCUAAUAAUGGUCAAGUUGAUAUUACAAUUGAUCAUUUACUUACAAUGUCGAUUGACACUGAAAAUGAAAAUAAUAUUCAACAAGUAACACCAACAACACCACUUCGACAAUUACCAGCUGUUCCUAAUAUAUACGAUGAUGAUCCACCACCUUAUCCUGGCCAUGAUCCAAUGGCUAAUCAUCAUUCAAUAACAACAACCAUGCCUUCUCUUCCACAACGUUCGUCAUCUAAUGCUCAAUCAUCAAUCAGUUAUAAUCAAUCAAACAAUAUGCAUUUUUCAAAAGAUAUAAAUUCUCAGCAAGAUCUUCAAAUGCGAAGAUGGAAAACAGCUUAUGAUCAAUAUCGUAUUUGUUAUAUUGGAGAUUUACCAGAUGAUUUUCUUCGAGUAAAAUUAUUAUCAAAAUUUACGAAUACAAAUCAAUUAAAGAACAAUUUUUCUGAAGAAAAUGGCAAAACAUCACGAUAUAUUGAAGAUGAACGUUUUAACGAACUUUUUCACAAUGAAGAAUUCUUAAAUGAACUUCGACAUAAUAAAGAGUUUUUAACAGCCCUUCAUUCAGAUCAAUCGAUUCGAUCAACAUCAUCAUCUCAACAACGACGAUCAUUUAAUUAUUUAAGUACAAAACCUUUACCAUUACCAACACCUCCAACUGUUGAAACACUUAAAACACCAAAAGUUCGUGCAAGAAUGCUACAAAAUGUUCUUACACAAAUUGAACAAGGACAAACCAUGAAAACAUCAAUGGUUCCAGAAGAAUCUAUUACUCAAAAUGAAAGCUAUUCUUAUGGAAAAGAUAAUCUUGAACGAAUACCACUUCCACCUGCAGCAUUUGUUAGUGAAUUUGAUCCAUUACGACUCGAAAGUAAUGAAGAAUUUAUUGAUCGAUUAAAAAAUAUGGGAAAAAAUUCAAUGGAAAAAUUUAAUCAAUUAGCUCGGCGAUUUUCUACACGUAAAGAUACAACAACAAAUACUGGAAAAUAUUCUAAACAAUCAAUUAUUCUUCUUUUUCCACCUUUAUCAUCACGACAUCGAUUAUUAUUACAUCGUCUUCGUGAUAAAAAUUAUUCUAAUCUAUUCAGUUUCUCUGUCGGCGACGAAAAAGCUGCUCGUCGAACAAUAAUUUGUUUGAAAUCACAAGUCAUGGAUGAAACGAAUGUACGUCGUCCAGAUCAAGCUUUAUAUAAGCCACCACGUCGAAGUAAAAAUUCUGAGGUUUCUAGUUCUACAUCUACACCCACACCACCACCAUCCACGACGACAUCACUUGAAGAAGUUCAACAAAACAAUAGUACACCUAAAUCGACGAAAAGUAAAAUCGCUCGGCCAUCAGCUGAACCUUAUGUUCCGCCGUCCAGACGCAGUCAACCGGUGACCAAAGAACCACUUCCACCUUCAUCUUUGUCUGUAACAUUAACUACUGAAAACAAAAAAGAAGAUGGUGAGAUAGAAGAAGAAGAGGAAUGGGAGAAAAUAUUAGAUAGUAAUGAAAAUCCUCAAUAUAAUGACCUUGUUGAAGAAAUUCAAACAAAAUUCAAAGAAAAUGUUCAGAUAAAAAAACCAACGAAUGACUAUUCUCAAUGGUCAAUCGAUGAUAUACAAAUAAAAGAAGCUGAUUUAGCACAUGUAGUUGAAGUAUCAAAUUUUCCAUCAACAUUUCGUACUGAAGAUCUUUCAAAUGCAUUCAAAACGCUGACUCGAAGUACAUUCGAUAUAAAAUGGGUCGAUGAAACGCAUGCUUUGAUCGUUUUUCCAGAUGCUAAUAUGGCUUUGGAUGCGCUUCAAAUGGAAUAUCCUAUGUUAAAAGUUUGUUCGAUGUCUCAAGCAUCAUCUGCAUCAAAGAAAAAAGCAAAAAAUUCACUUGAAUUUCUUCAACCGUAUAAAACUCGACCACAAACAUCAUCGUUAACAGCUAAUCGUCGCAUAUGUGCUGCAUUAGGUCUGAAAAAUCCGAUGAGUAGUGAUAAAACUAAAACUGAACGACAAAAAAUUGAAACAGCUAGAAAACAAAAAAUUCGUGACAAAGAAGAACAACAAACAGUUUGGGAUGGUGGUGUUUUACCUACCACAUCAACGACAUAA